AUGAAGUUGCAUGUCUGGUCAGCGGCCCUGGCGGCCCUGGGAUCCGUGCUCCCGGUUGAUGCUUCGACCUUGACGCCUCCCGUUCUACCUCUCGUCGUAAGAAACCCAUACUUGAACGCUUGGCUCGCCAAUGCCCAUCAUGAGCCAUGGACACACUGGCCCAUGUUCUGGACGGGCAAGACAUUUGGCUUUGGCAUCUUGGCUUCGGUGCCCGACACCAAGACUGUAUACCCUCUGCUUGGUCAGCCGCACGCCUUCCUUAAAAAAGACAACAGUGACUAUACCAUUGGAUACCCCAAGUACGAGGGAGCCGUGUUCGAUGCGUCGACGACAAACCUCACCUAUACGAUCGCGAGCUCCGAGUCUGCCCAAAAGGCUGUCAAGAUCACCUUAUCCUUCGUAUCUCCCAUAACACCGACGUCUACCUUUCGUCAGGCGCUGCCCGCGUCUUACAUGAAUUUCAUCGUCGAGGGAAAUUUGGACAUCAGUCUGUUCGUAGACAUCAAUGGCGAAUGGAUUAGCGGAGACCGCAAUAAUGAAGUUGCUUGGGAUCUACACGAGGGCAAGGACGCCAAAGCGUCUGGAAGCCCCAUCAAAUCCUGGAAAAUAUCCCGCCUGCAUCAGCAACUUUUGACAGAGCACGAUGACCAAGCUGAAUGGGGAACUCUCUACUUUUCUGGACCUGCCGAUGUCCAGCACCAAGCUGGAGAGAUUCACUCCGUGUGUCGCCAAUUUGCCAAGCACGGCCACCUUCUCAACACUAGCGAGCCUUCUCCGCGCAGAAUGUUUGAGAAUGAACCCAUAUUCGCUUUUGCCAAGCACUUCGAUCUGAGCCACAACGUCACGGCCGAUAGCGCUCUCUUCACUUUCUCGCUGAUCCAGGACCCUGUGGUGCAAUACGCCUCGGCCAGGGGACUCACACAAAUGCGACCUCUCUGGGCAUCAUACUUUUUCACUGCCGAGCAAAUGCUGCAGUUCCACUACAAUGACUUCCCGACCGCGAUCAAGCUCGCCAAUGACUAUUCGGCGCAGCUUGCCAAAGACGCAUAUGCAUCUGGAUCGUCCGAGUACAAGGACAUUGCAGAGCUGUCUGCUCGUCAAGUCUUUGGUGCUACACAAUGGUCAGGAACUCCCGAUAGCCCAAUCCUCUUCCUCAAGGAGAUCUCGUCCAAUGGCAACUUCCAGACCGUUGAUGUUAUCUUCCCAGCAUUCCCCUUCUUCUUGUACACCAACCCGCAAUGGCUGGCUUAUUUGUUGGAACCUCUGCUUGAGCACCAGCUUAGUGGGCAGUACCCCAAUGACUACAGCAUGCAUGACUUGGGAGCUCACUUCCCGAAUGCCACUGGCCACAAUGACGGAAAUGACGAGUACAUGCCUGUUGAAGAGUGUGGUAACAUGCUGAUCAUGGCUCUGGCUCUGGCAAACGCGCUGAAGGACGGUUCAGCGCCUGUCUUCAGCCGUGAGACACCACUUUCCACGCAAAGCCUCGAUCCUGCUGUUCUCAAGGAGUUCCCUUCCAUCGACCACUAUGGCAUGGACAAGACCUUUGAAGACAUGGGCACGACAGGAGGCAAAGCAGCCGUCAACUGGGUAUCGAGGUCGUACACCUUGUGGAAGAGGUGGAAUGGCUACCUUGUGCGAGAAUCACUCAUUCCGGCAAACCAACUUUGCACAGACGAUUUUGCUGGCUGGCUGGCAAACCAGACCAACCUGGCACUCAAGGGUAUUGUUGGAAUUCGAGCCAUGGCAGACCUUUCAGCUCUGGUCGGAUACGACGAGGAGGCUAAAGAGUAUAAGCGUAUUGCCGAGGAUUAUAUUGACAAGUGGCAAGAAUUUGGCAUCUCUCGUGAUGGCACGCACGCUAAGUUGUCCUACACAUGGCAAGGCUCUUGGACCACUAUCUACAACCUGUAUGCAGAUGCUCUCCUCUGCUUCCACAUUCCCGAGAAGAAGUCAUCCUUGGGCAACAGCAGAUUUUGGACCCAAGAGCAGGAACCUUUGGAUGGUGAUGCGAGUAGGUCCUCAAGAUCGACCUUUGUCCCAGACAGAAUCUACCAGAUCCAGAGCGAUUGGUACUACAACGUCGUGCAGCGUUAUGGCCUUCCUCUGGACCAGCGUAGUCUGCAAACCAAGAGCGACUGGGAGUUCUUUGCCGCAGCUAUCACUAGCAAGAAGACUCGGUCGACGAUCUUGACCAAUGUUGCCCGCUGGGUCAAUGAGACUGUGACAGCUCUACCCUUUACAGAUCUUUAUGAUACCGAGACAAGCGACUACCCCGGUGUGCAGUUCAAGGCUCGCCCUGUGGUCGGCGGCCACUUUGCAUUCCUUGCGCUCGAGAGAGCUUGUGGAGGAAAAGCUGCCGAAAGCCUGAAGUUCUUGGACGAGCGCGAGCCUGCCAAGAUUGAUGUGGCAGCAGUUUUGCAAGCUGAGAUAGCCGCAUCAAGUGUGCAGGAAAGCACCUUUGAGCUCUAG